UUUACUUCUCUGUGUUGUUUUGUUGAUUAGCAAUGGUGUCUGAAAGAAAAGAAAAAUAAAAGUGAUGGAAACACAAAAUAGGUCCGAUUCCUGAAUCAAUCAUUGAUUUUCCAGGCAGAGAUGUUGCAGUGCAUUUUUCUUCUCUCCGAUUCCGGAGAAGUAAUUCUAGAGAAACAACUCACUGGUCACCGUGUUGAUCGCUCCAUAUGUAACUGGUUUUGGGACCACACCAAUUCUCAACCGAAUUCCUACAAGGUAGUAAUAAUAAUUAUAAUAAUCACUUUUUCACUUUCUUCUAUUAUCAUAUUUGAUUUUUCUGUUCUGUGUUUACAGCAACAACCUGUGAUUGCUUCUCCUACACAUUAUCUUUUCCAAGUUUGUCGCGAAGGAAUCACUUUUUUGGCAUGUACACAAGUUGAAAUGCCACCUUUGAUGGCAAUUGAGUUCCUUUGUAGAGUAGCUGAUGUAAUCAAUGGUUAUCUUGGGGGAUUGAAUGAAGAUUCAAUUAAAGACAACUUUGUUAUUGUCUAUGAGUUGUUGGAUGAGAUGAUAGACAAUGGUUUUCCACUAACUACAGAACCUAAUAUCCUGCAAGAGAUGAUAGCUCCGCCAAAUAUUGUUAGCAAAGUCUUGAGUGUUGUGACUGGCAAUAGCUCCAAUGUGAGUGACACACUUCCAGGAAGUACAGCAUCUUGUGUUCCCUGGAGAACAGCCGAUCCUAAGUAUGCCAACAACGAAGUUUAUGUAGAUCUUGUUGAACAGAUGGAUGCAACAAUAAACAGGGAUGGGGUUCUGGUGAAAUGUGAGAUUAAUGGUGAGGUUCAAGUAAAUUCCCACAUCACUGGCCUACCUGAUUUAACACUUUCAUUUGCAAAUCCUUCAAUCCUUGAUGAUGUGAGGUUCCAUCCCUGUGUUAGAUUUCGGCCUUGGGAAUCCAAUCAAAUUCUUUCAUUUGUGCCUCCUGAUGGACAAUUUAAACUAAUGAAUUACAGAGUUAGAAAAUUGAAGAGCACCCCAAUAUAUGUUAAGCCACAGUUGACUUCUGAUGGUGGGAUAUGCCGUCUUAAUGUGAUGGUUGGCAUGAGAAAUGAUCCUGGAAAGACAGUUGAUUCAGUUAAUGUUCAGUUUCAACUUCCUCCUUGCAUCUUAUCAGCUGAUCUGACUUCAACUCAUGGAACAGUGAACAUUCUUUCUAAUAAGACAUGCACUUGGUCCAUUGGUCGGAUCCCAAAGGAUAAGGCACCUUCAAUGUCUGGAACACUAGUGCUCGAGACUGGAUUGGAACGCCUUCAUGUCUUUCCCACAUUCCAAGUGGAUUUUAGGAUCAUGGGUGUCGCCCUCUCUGGUCUGCAAAUAGACAAAUUGGAUCUGAAGACCGUACCCUACCGUUUCUACAAAGGCUUUCGAGCUCUUACUCGAGCAGGCGAGUUUGAAGUCAGGUCAUAAUUUUGUAUUACCAUCAAGUCUUCUGUAAUUUGUUUUGAUUCUGGACAUGAAAUUUGGUUCGGUGUACAUGACUGGUUUAAUUUGCAAAGUUGGUAUGUUUUAUUGUAGUUUAAAAUUACUUUAGUAGCGAGUGAACCAUGUUCCGGUUGUCUUAAUUAUCACAGUUUUCGGAGAGUGAUACAACUUGUAUUUUCAAUCUAA